GCUAUGGAUACAUUUGGAAGAAGUGACGCUUGUCACGAAUUAAUAACGCAUAGGGCCUAUUUGAUUUCCCAUACUCUAACAUGAGAUAAAAAAUGGAUUCUAAGCUGAACUGCAAUCCACUUAGUUUCAGGGACAAGAUGGAAUCUAAGCUGGACUGUGAUCCAGAUGGUUUCAGGGACCUUGUGUUAGGUGAGACUGAGUCCCUUCCAGAUCAAGAAUCAAACACAGUGAGGAUAUUCCUUAGUUCAACUUUCACAGACAUGAAGGAGGAAAGGAAUAAGUUGAUCAGGGAGGUGUUUCCAGAGCUUGGUAGAUACUGCCAUGAAAAGAUGCUUGAGUUUGAAGUGGUUGAUAUGAGAUGGGGUGUACGAGAUAGUGCCACAGCAGAUCACCUGACAUCGUUCCUGUGCCUUAAUGAAAUUGACAGGUGUAAACGUAUGUCUCAGGGACCUUACUUCGUGGGUAUCUUAGGUGAUAAGUACGGCUACCGGCCACUCAAUGCCACCAUUUCCUCAGGCAUGUUUGAAAAGCUCAUGGAUACUGUCUCAAAAGAUGAAAGCAUCUCGGCAGAAGAUGUAGAUCUCAUACGGAAGUGGUAUGUAGAAGACACCAAUGCUAUUCCACCUGUCUACGUACUGCAGCCUAUCACUGUCCAUCUUCCUGACUACUAUGAUUCUAGUGAUUUGCAGAAGCAGAGUGAGACAAGGCAGAAGUGGUGGGUGAUCUUUGAUAAGAUGAGGAAGGUGUUUGAUUUAGCAGCCACCAUGGCUAGACAAGAAGGUGUCUUCACUGAUGAGGAAAUGCAUGAACUUGUUAUGUCUGUGACUGAAGAGGAGAUUCGUCAUGGAUUGAAAGACAAUACCAAUGUUGAAGAUACUUGUAUCUUCUUCACCAGAGACUUCAAAGAUAUGGAACCAUCUUAUAAGCAGAAAGAUUCUUUGUCUAAGUUUACUGACAUUCAAACUGAUGAUGACAAUCAAACUCUAGAGUUUGUUGAGCAGUCCCAGACGUUACUCACAAGGCUGAAGAAAGAAUACAUUCCCAGUGUGGUACCAGCCCAAGCACUCCAUACCUUCACUGUACCAUGGUGUGAUAAAGGAAUUGACCCCAUUGGUUGCCCGGGGCAUGCAGAAUAUCUUGAGCAGAUGUGUGACAUCUUUGAACACAGAAUGAAGGCCAUGAUAGACAAGAAGUGGGAAGUUCAAAGGUCAAAGGUUGUGAAUCCAGUCAAAAGUCAGCUCCAGAGAGAACUGCUACAUCACGCAUCCUUUUGUAAAACAAAAUGCAGUGCCUUUCAAGGAAGGGAAGAUAUCCUAUCAUCCAUCAGGUCCUACCUCUCUUCAAACGUGUCCAAGCCCCUAGUUGUCCAUGGUAUAUCAGGAUCUGGGAAGACAUCGGUCAUGGCUAUGGUUGCAAGGCACUCAAGAGAAUGGAUUGAAGGAUGUGUAACUGUACUCAGGUUUCUAGGGACAUCAGCCAACAGCUCUACCAUCCAUGCCACAUUGCAGAGCAUGUGUAAACAGAUUUGCUAUGCUUAUGGUGCACCACCACUCCUGUCCAAGCACUCAAGUGACUUCUCAGAACUGGUUCAGCUCUUCAAUAAGUUGAUUGAAAUGCUUCCAACCAAAGAUAAGCCCCUCCUGCUGCUGUUUGACAGUAUUGACCAGCUCAGUUCCAAUAACAACGCCCAUAAGAUGAACUGGCUUCUGAAAACGCUCCCAGAAAAUGUCCAUGUUGUUGUGUCUAUGCUGCCUCACGAACACAACAUUCUGGACAACAUCAAGAAGACCCUGACAGAUCCUAGAUGCUAUAUUUGCAUGGAAGUUGUUGGUGAAGAGAAUGGAAUUGCCAUCAUGAAUGGCUGGUUGAAAGAAAGAAACCGGAGGUUAAAUAAUGAACAAAUAAAAGUGGUAACUGAUGCUUUCAGUAAGUGCCCUCAGCCACUCUUUCUUAAGCUACUCUUUGAGGAGUUUGUAACAUGGCCAUCGUACAAGUCAGUAGAAGAUGUUAAACUUCCUACCACUGUAGUGGAUGCUAUCAAUGUGAUGUUUCAGGAUCUUGAAGAUCGUCAUGGGCUUAUCUUUGUAGCUCAUGCUCUGGGUUACCUCACUGCAGGAAAGAGUGGUCUAACUGAAGCAGAGAUAGAGGAUGUCCUUUCUUGUGAUGAUAAAGUUCUCAAUGAUGUCUAUCAGUAUUGGGAUCCUCCAGUGGAAGGGGUUGUUCGUAUUCCACCUUCAGUCUGGAAGAGGUUGCAUCAAGACAUUGGGGAAUUCAUUACAGAACGACAGGCUGGUGGAAAAACAGUGAUUGCUUGGUAUCAUAGACAGUUCAUUGAAACUGCUGAAAGGCGUUACCUUGGUGACCCACAGUCCAAAAUGGAUAGACAUAAAGUUCUUGCAGAUAUGUUUCUUGGAGAAUACAGCAGAGGGAAAAUCAGGCCAGUUCGACUUGAGAGGCGCAAAAAGGAUUUCCCAAAUGCAGACCGUCUUGUCUCACCUCAACCCCUCAUGUUUGGGGAGAAUGUCUUUAAUCUCAGAAAACUGCAUGAGCUACCUUUUCAUCUGAUGCAGUGUGAAAUGGUGAAUGGAAUCCCUGAGGGUAUGGUGCAGCAUAUCAUGUACAACUUUGAGUGGAUUCUGACCAAGUUAAGAGCAUUUAGCUUUCUAGAACUUGUGAAUGAUUUCUCCACAUUCGAUGAAGAAAGUGGCAUUCUUCUUGAGGCCUUGUACUUGUCUGGUAGUAAUCUGAAAGAAGACCCUUUCUGUUUAGCAGGCCAGCUUCUUGGGAGGAUGUAUGACCUGAUGGACAAGUACCCCAAUAUCAAAAAAUUACUUGAAGGAGCUAAGUCUUGGGUAAGGACUACCCAGCAUUCUUUAAUCAUUCCAAGAGGAGCAUGUCUGAUCCCUCCUGGAGGACAGUUGAAGACAUCAUUGGCAGGUCAUCCAUCAAGAGUAGAAGCUAUUGCUUGCACUGGCAAAGGAGAUGUAAUAGUAACAGUGUGCAAAGAUGCCAAUGACUAUCCCAUGGCUAAUGUUUGGGAUGAAGAAAAUGCAGAGCUCAUACAUACUCUGCAAAUCAGGGCAGGAAGCAAGGCAUCUGGUGCAUUAUCCCUUACCAUCAGCCAUGAUGAUAGAUUCGUUAUCUUUGGUUGUCAGCUGUUGGGAAUGUUUGAACUCACCAGUGGUGAGUGCAUGUGGAAACUUGAGACUGGUGAAAACCAUGCUGUCAGUUCUCUGCAGAUCAAUGAAACUGGUUCAUUAGCCAUUGGUGGAUCAGAAAAAGGGUCAAAUGUCUUUAUCUGGGACCUCAAUAAUGGACAGCUCUUGACUAAGCUUGAACACCCUAAAACUGCUAACUUUUCCUUCUUUGAAAGUGAUGAUGAAAUACUGACUGGUUGCCAGGAUGGUUUCUUCAGACACUGGUCUAUCACCUCUAAAGAGUGUCUUCAUUCAUUCCAAGCUCAUAAGAACAAUGACAUGAAAGUGGUUGCCCAUGCAAGGUCUGUGCAGACUCUUGCUUCUGGUGAUAGCAAUGGAUCCAUCAAGCUCUCUAGAUAUGUAGGCAAACCAAGUGGCCCUGAUGUGGUCCUCGAAGGUCACAGGAAAGCUGUUACUUGUCUCUUGGUGUUAUCAGAUGAUUUACUUGCUUCUGGGUCAGCUGAUUUUACUGUUCGUGUCUGGAAUAUGACUGAGGGUUUAGCUUUGUUGAAAUGUGAAGGUCAUGAUGGUAUGGUUACUUGCCUUUGGCACUGGCCAGCAGACCCCAAGGAAACAGGGUCCAAGUCUAUCUUGGUAUCAGGUUCUAAAGAUGACUUUCUGAAGGUUUGGGACCUGGAGCCUAAGGAUGAUAAGUGUCCUCUCAUCACUACACUGGAAGGACAUUCUUCAUGGAUCUCAGAUGUUACUGGAACAAAGGGAAGAGUGCUUUACUCUGCUUCAAAUGACAAAAGUGCCAAGAUGUGGGUCUAUACCAAGGAAACGAUGAUUAAGAGGGAAAGACACAGUGGACAUGCAGUUGUUGUCAAGUUUACUCCGGAUGACUCCACAGUUAUAACCAGUGGUCAAGAGGGAUCCGUUAAGUUCUCUAGUUUCUAUGACUGCCAUGUGACCCGCCGUGAAGCAGGAUUUACCUCCAAGCUGAUCUUCAGCAGAGACGGCAAGAAGUUGAUUGGUGGAUUUAAAGAGGAGGGCAGGCUUCGUGUUUGGAAAUUAGACCAAUCAACAGAGGAAGGUGGAGAUGUGUUUGAUCUUGAAGGUCAUGAGAAAGGCAUCCUAUGGUUGGUAGUUGGACAAGAUAAUGAAGUUGUCUCUGCAUCGCAGGAUAAGAUGAUAAAGGUCUGGGAUUUGGAUACCAAGUCAUGCAGACUUACUUUGAAAGAACAUGAAGCUCCAGUAGGACAUGUAAAGACAGUGACACAAGAGACAGAUAGUUUCAUAAUAUCAACAGAUGCCAAAGGAGUCCUCAAGUUCUGGAAAUAUGACACAGGAGAAUGUCUUCUAUCUGCCAAAGAGCACAAUGCAUCCAUACGGUGUCUUGCUGUAUCCAGUGAUGGUCUGUAUGCAGUGACGGGUGCCAAUGACAAGCAGAUGAUCCUUUGGUCGUUGUCUCCAAACUCCUUUGGUCAAGUGGUCAAGCAUAUGCCAGUUCAUGUGUCAGAGGUGAUCUGUUGUGCAUUUACUCAUGACAGUUCUAAGAUUGUCUGGGGAACCCAUGCUGGUGUGGAGCAGCUUCAUGUAUGGCAUUUUUUGGCUGAUGAUGACCAACUGCUGGUCGGUCACAACCAUGCCAUCAUGGAUAUGUGUAUAUCAUCAGAUGACCAGUAUUUGGUGACUGCAUCCCGUGAUUGUACCUUGAAAGCUUGGCAUCUUCCUACCAUGGAGAUGUUGGCAUCCUUUGAUUGCAAAUCUCAGAUCAAGAACAUAGACCUGGUCUAUGGCAGUGAGGACCGCUAUCGAUUGGCAGCAGAGAACAAGUCUGGAACGGUUCUUAUUCUUGAUAUGCUACUAGAGAAAGCAGAUAGAUCUGACAUCAGCUUUGAUCACCAUACCCAGCUCAAUGAGACACACCACAUUCCAACCUCAAGUGACCAGAACAAUGGAAAGCACCAGUCAUCGUAUACAAACCAGCAAGACAAUGGAUCAAAUAGUGCAUCUUCUGAGAAGUCUAGAAGUAACUCAGAAGGGAAGAAGAGUAAAUCAGCCAUUUGUAUGCUCUACUGAGAAUAUUUGAUACAGUUAUUACAUCAAUACCGAUAGCACAUCUUAGGGGAAGUCUAGGAGUAACUCAGAAGAGAAGCAGACUAGAUCGGCCAUCUGUAUACUCUGAGAUUAUUGGAUCCAGUUAUUAUAUAAAUGCUUUGAGCCUGACAGUACAGCGUGUAUGCUCUACUGAGAACAUUUGAUCCCGUUAUUACAUCAAAACUAGGAGUAACUCAGAAGAGAAGAAGACUAGAUCGGCUAUCUGUAUACUCUGAGAACAUUGGAUCCAGUUAUUACAUCAGUGCUCUGAGUCUAACAGUACAGCUUAAGCAAAGUGUAGCAGUUACUAGGAAGAGAAAAAGACUAGAUCGGCUAUCUGUAUGCUCUACUGAGAACAUUGGAUCCAGUUAUUACAUCAGUGCUCUGAGACUGACAGUACAGCUUAAGCGAAGUCUAGCAGUUACUCGGAAGAGAAAAAGACUAGAUCGGCUAUCUGUAUGCUCUACUGAGAACAUUUGAUCCAAUUAUUACAUCAGUGCUCUGAGUCUGACAGUACAGCUUAAGCGAAGUCUAGCAGUUACUUGGAAGAGCAGAAGACUAGAUAGGUAUGCUCUACUGAAAACAUCCAGUCACUACGUCAAUGCUAUUGGCCUGACAAUAUAACUUAGAAGUCUAACAGAAUUUCAGAGGGGGAGACGAGUAGAUCAGCCAUAAUCAUGCUCUACUAAAAACAUUUAAUCCAGUCAUCAUGUUGGAAGCAGCAAGAUAAAGUGUCUAACAGCACAGCAUCAGAGAAUUCCAGCAGGAGCUGAAAUGAGAAGAAGAAAUGAAGAUAUGUCCUGUAGCCUUCUCCCUGAAGGUUUUUUUGCAGGAAUUCAAUGGUGUUUAUGAAUGUGAAUUCAUCUUCAUCAUUUCUUCAUUUUGCUGCAGGUCAAACAACUUAGCAAAGAAAGGUAAGUCAUUUGUGGUGGGCCUUAUGCCAUAUUCCUUUAUCAUUGCAAAGAAAGGGAUAAAAGAAUUGUCCUUUUGUAGGAAACAUUUGUGUUGUAUUUUGUACCAAUAUGCAUGAUUCAUUGGGUGUGUGCAAUGAUCUAUGCAUUUAAAUCAUUUCAUUUGAACCGUGAGAGGAACCUUCUUGAAUGUAAAUCAUGCUUGUUCAAGAUAGGGAUAUGUGAAAGAUAUUGCUGCAAUCAUAUUCUAGUAUAUUUCCAUUAUAUUGCGAGCGAAAUAUGUUAAAUAUACUUCAGAUCCGUCCAAAAACUUCUUGAAUAUCUUAAUGCAUGUGUUUGAAAGAAUGCCAAAUGAUGCUUCAUGUUCAGAUGUGCACAGUACUGCAAUUUUCAUAUAUUUAUUAUCACUGUCUUUCACAGCUAAAGUUGUAUGCAUUUGUUAUGAGAAUGUUUCUUUUCCUAUCUCUUCAUCACAUCCUUUGACUGCAUAAUGUAUUCAAAUUAUUUUUUGAUGAGUUUCCAUUUAUACAGGGUGAACUUACACACCAGGGCCCCAUCUUACAAAGAGUUUCAAUUGAUUCAAUCAAUCGUAAAUUGUAAAUGGAUCAGUGUCAUCAUUUUU